GAAAAAACUGUGAAGGAAAUUAAAGAAUCCAGUGAUUAUUAAAAAAUGAAUAAUGAUGACCAUAUAAUAGUCAGAGUCUUCUAAAGGAAUGCAAAAGGAGGACAUUCUUCCAAUGGGAGGACACACAGGUAAUGCCCAGUGAGCGGUCCAGAGCGAGAGCAUGUCUGAAGCAGCGAUCUCAGGCAGCGAGAAGGAGCCUGGCCUCAACAGCGAGGAGGAGGAUAUGGAAGAGGAGGAGGACGACGACGAAGAGGAGGGGGACAUGAACCAGGAAGAGGAGGAGGAGGAGGAGGAGGAGGAAGAGAACAGUGGAGAUGAUGAGGAGGAAUCAGCUGAUCGGCCCAGCAGUGCCAAAGUUGACCAUGUAGAGGAAAUGCAGGAGCUGCAGGGGCAGGGGCAGGAGCGGCGGGACUCUUCCCCCCAGGGACACCACUCUCCUUCCCCACCACCAUCACCUCCUACCUCACCCCAGGAGGAGGACUCCCCUCCCGCCAGCCCAACUUCCUCUCACUCUCACUCCCGCUCCCAGCCCCCGUCCCAGCCCUCAUCCCGGCCCCCAUCCAGGCCAUCCUCUCGCCCUUCAUCCAGGCCAUCAUCCAGGCCAUCCUCCAGGCCUGGCUCCCAACCCUCCGCGACGUCCUCCAGGUCUGCGUCCACAUCGCGACCCUCCUCUCGGCAGACGUCCCGUCCCCCAUCCACGGGCUCUGGGGCCCCCUCCAGCCCUGAGAGCAGCCCCUCGGAAGACGACACACCCACCCCCACACCCACCCACACUCCCACCGCCACAGCUCCCUCCUCCCCCAGCAAGGAGAAGACAGAGAAGAAGGAUAAGAAGGAGAAGAAGGAGAAGAAAGACAAGAAAGACAAGAAGGAGAAGGAGAAGAAAGAUAAGAAGAAGAGGAGCAGAUCCUCCUCCAAGCCUUCCCACAUGAGGAGAAACAUCAGGAAGCUGCUGAAGGAGCACCAGCUGGAGGCGGUGACUCAGACGGCCCAGCAGGAGGAGAUGGAGAGGAGGCGCCGCCUGGAGCAGCUGAGGAAAGACUUCCCCAUGGCCGUCCCCCCGCGCCCCGACACCCCCGCCGCUGAAAGUGUGUCUCAGAGUAGUGAGGCUCCUCGGCCGGCGUCUGCUCCUCGAGGGGAGGUCAUAUGUCUGGACAGCAGUGGAGAUGAGGCCGAUGUGCCGCCCCCUCAGUCCCCUCCGCAUUCCCAUUCCCACUCGCACUCGCACCUGCACCCCCGCCUCCCCCUGCUCCUGCCCAAGCUCCUGCCCAGGCUCCUGCCCAAGCCCAGAGACGAUGUGAUCGAGCUGAGCUCCGGUGACGAGGACACAAUGCGGAUCAGCAGCGAGUCGGAGGGCGAGGACGAGGAGGGGGCGGGGGGCGUGGACGAGGCCAGCGGGGCGCACGUCAACGACGCCCUCAACCAGCCCGACCCUCAGGGACGCGUCCUCGUCAACAUUAACCACCCGCCCGAGGAGGCCGACCUCUACAUGGCCCCGCAGCUGGCACGCGUCGUCAAGCCCCACCAGAUCGGUGGGAUUCGCUUCCUGUAUGAUAACCUGGUGGAGUCUGUGGAGCGCUAUAAGAACAGCAGUGGUUUUGGCUGCAUCCUGGCCCAUAGCAUGGGGCUGGGCAAGACGCUGCAGGUCAUCUCCUUCAUAGACAUCCUGCUCAGACACACCGGAGCGCACACAGUACUCGCCAUCGUGCCUGUAAACACACUACAGAAUUGGCUGGCUGAGUUCAACUUGUGGUUGCCAACAGCAGAGAGUCUGCCGCCCGGCACGGAUGAAACCGCCAUCGCCCCCCGCCCCUUCAAGGUGCACAUCCUCAAUGACGAGCACAAGACCACAGCAGCGCGGGCCAAGGUGGUGGAGGAGUGGAGUCGUGACGGCGGCGUGCUGCUGAUGGGCUACGAGAUGUACCGGCUGCUCUCGCUGAAGAAGAGCUUCGUCACGGGCCGCAAGAGGAAGACCAAGAAGCCCACGGGCCCCGUCAUCAUCGACCUGGACGAGGAGGACCGCCAGCAGGAGCUGCUCAAAGCGAUCGAGAAGGCCCUGUCUCGGCCGGGCCCAGACGUGGUGAUCUGCGACGAGGGCCACCGCAUCAAGAACUGCCACGCCAGCACCUCGCAGGCCCUGAAGAACAUCCGCUCCCGGCGGCGCGUGGUGCUCACGGGCUACCCGCUGCAGAACAACCUGAUAGAGUACUGGUGCAUGGUGGACUUUGUGCGUCCCGACUUCCUGGGCACGCGGCAGGAGUUCAGCAACAUGUUUGAGCGGCCCAUCCUCAACGGACAGUGCGUGGACUCCACGCCGCAGGACUUGCGGCUCAUGCGCUACCGCAGCCACGUGCUGCACAGCCUCCUGGAAGGCUUCGUGCAGAGGCGAGGCCAUGAUGUGUUGCGUCACCAGCUGCCGAUGAAAGAGGAGCACGUGAUCAUGGUGCGGCUGUGUCCCCUCCAGAGGGCGCUCUACACAGAGUUCAUGCAGCGCUUCAGGGACGCGGGCAACAGUGGCUGGCUCGGACUCAACCCCCUCAAGGCCUUCUGCGUCUGCUGCAAGAUAUGGAACCAUCCAGAUGUUCUGUACGAGUCGCUACAGAAGGAGAACCUGGCCAAUGAGCAAGAUCUGGACCUGGAUGACCUCACUUCCCCCGGCAACGCCCGCUGUGCCGCUCCAGGCCUGAAGGGGAAGCCCAGUGACCCUGCGGCCUCUAAGGGGGUCUUACCCAUGCUCAACGUCAACCCCUCACAGGAGAGAGCCAAUCAGGUCAUCACCUACGAAUGGGCAAAAGACAUCAUGAGUAAUUACCAGCCUGGUAUUCUGGAGAACUCGGCCAAGAUGGUACUCCUCUUCCACCUGAUUGAUGAGAGCGUGACCAAAGGAGACAAGAUUCUGGUGUUCAGCCAGAGCUUGUCUACGCUGACGGUCAUUGAGGAUUUCCUCUCCAAGAGGCCGAUGCCGGCGUGCAGGGUCAACCCAGAGAGCUCCACUACCACCUGGAUACGGCACGUCAACUAUUACCGGCUGGAUGGAAGCACCUCCACUUCAGAGAGGGAGAGGCUCAUCAACCAGUUCAAUGAUCCAGCAAAUGAUAUGGCUUGGGUUUUCCUCCUCUCCACCAGAGCGGGCUGCCUGGGGGUGAACCUGAUCGGUGCGAACCGCGUGGUGGUGUUCGACGCCUCCUGGAACCCGUGCCACGACGCCCAGGCCGUGUGCCGCGUGUACCGCUACGGCCAGCACAAGCCCUGCCACAUCUACCGGCUGGUGUGCGACUUCACCCUGGAGAAGAAGAUCUACGAUCGGCAAGUCUCCAAGCAGGGCAUGUCUGACCGUGUGGUGGACGACCUGAACCCGGUGCUGAACUUCACGCGGCGUGAGGUGGAGUCCCUGCUGCACUUCGUAGAGGAGGAGCCGGACAGCCAGAGCGGCCUGCAACCACACGACGACAUGGAGGAGGUCAUCAGAGACGCCUGCCUGCAGUAUCCACAGUACAUCACCAAGCCGCCCUUCCAGCACGAGUCGCUGCUGAUGGACCGCAAGGACAUGAAGCUGACCAAGGCGGAGAAGCGCGCGGCCAAGAAGAGCUACGAGGACGAGAAGCGCGCCUCCAUUCCCUACCAGCGGCCCUCCUACGUCCACUACUACCCCCAGGCCGGACAGACUCUCAGCAACAUCCCCGCUUUCGCACAGCACAGCAACUGGCGACCCACCGCCUACCGCUCGGAUGAGAAGCCCGUGGCAAGCGUGCGUCCGGUCCAGUCCACGCCGAUACCCAUGAUGCCUCGGCAGGUGACGCUCGGCAUGCCCGGCUCUAGUGGCGGAGGCUUCCCCGUCAACUACCUGCAGAAGGCUGGAGUGCACGUACAGCGCAUCGUCACCACCACGGAUAUCAUGAUCCCCGGCUCCAACAGCCCUACUGAUGUCCAGGCCCGGAUUGGAGCUGGAGAGAGCAUUCACAUCAUCAAGGGCUCCAAAGGCACUUACAUCAGGACCAGUGACGGCCGCAUCUUUGCUAUUCGGUCCUCUGGGAAGAGCAGGGCUUCAGAUAUCUCUGGGCUGGCCAGAGCUUCCCAGGGCAGCUCUCUGCACUCGGUGAGUAACGGCGGCACGUCUCCCCCGGAGCGGAAGCAGCAGCUCUCCCCGUCUCCCCCCGACAGCCCCGAGAUCUUACGAGAGCUCCAUGAAUACGACGACGCGGUCGCCAUCGGCGAUGAGCUGUCACUGUCGGACGACAGGGGCGAGGUGUCUGGCGAUGACAGGCACCACCGGACAGCAGACAGCACCACCUCUUUUACCCAGCACGCCGCGGGGGCGACAGACGUGGCAGACCUGCGGGGCAAGAGGAGGUGGUUUCAGAGGCCGCACGGGGGCAAGAGGUCGUCCCUCGGCGGGGCAGCAGAGUUCCCCAGCUUUCCCUUAAGUGGCGGUGGUGGCAGCGGAGGUGGUGGUGGUAGCGGUGCCAUGUCCUUGCCCUCCAUGGGGCUCAACCCAGCCUUGCUGGGGGCGCUGGGCAACAUGUCUAACCCCCUGCUGGGUGGAGGUGCAGGGGGGAGCCGCUCCCAGUAUGGAGACGGGCUGCACUCCAUGUUCCCCACUGCUCAGUCGUCAUCAGGGGCGUCCUCAUCCGCAGGGCCCGAGUCGGUGGGGUUGGGCACCACAGGAAACGGACCUCUCUCUAGCUCCUCGGCUUUGGCCUCCUCUUCCUCAGCGGCUGGCACCUCAUCAUCAUCAUCAUCAUCACUUCCCCCGUUCAUGCUGAAUCCCGGCAUGGCCGGCAUGUUGUCCGGCAGUUACCCUCCUCUCUCCUACGGCCAUUCACUGUUUCCCAGCUCUUCUUCCUCCGGCCCCUCCUCUUCCUCCUCCACAGCUGCUGUGGCCUCCUCUUCCUCCUCCUCCUCCACCACCCCCGGCUACCUCUCCCACUUCCCUCUGUCCACCUCCAGCCUCCUGGGUGCUGCGCUGUCCCAGCCCGACUCACUGCCGCACACCAUCCUGGGGGCUGAGAACGGAGGCAGCAGCUCGGACGAUGACGUCAUCGAGGUCAUGGGUCAGUGAGACGGACGGUGAAAGCGAUAUUCCAGUUACGUUACACAAGAGGAGGAGGAGGAGGAGGAACAGAACUAUUGUUAAGAGACACAUGCUACCGUGUACAUGUUCAAAAUCAACUUUAUUCACUGGGGACCAGCAAGUGUAUGAGAAACACUGAAAAAAAAAGAAAUGCACAGAGAUUUCCUUCAUCCAGAGUCAUGCAGACCAAAGGGGGGUCGUCAGUCAGUAACGUGUCAGAGACAUGUUGAGUUGUACACGUUGUGCUAGUAUAUGUCCACAACGAUGGGGACCAGCUGCGGAAAAGAGGAAUAUUUCAUCCCUCUUAGCACCAGGGGCUGUAUAUAAUUAUUAUUAAAUAAAGCAGUUGGUGAGUGAGCCUCUGACGCUCUUAUAGGCUGUGAUUGGAUUCAGCGUCGCCUGCUACGGCUGCUACAGCAAGAGCCAGAUACAGUAUACACAGUCUAUGGCCCGAUCCGGACUCUGCUUCUGUCUGGACUCUUGUGCUAUCCAACAUGCGUUUCCUUGUCAUUAGCUUGUUGGGUUGCGUACUGUAGGUCACUGUAGCAUCACCUGCUGACAUGCCGGAUUUAAGGUAUGAAAUUCAUCUUUUAGUUGUUACUUUUAAAACAUAUUCUUUUGUGGUAAUUGGUAAGUCAAGACUCAUUUGGGAUCAUGUUCCAAGUAUGUAAAAAAUAUUACGUACGUAAAAAUAUUCAUGUUUUAUAUACAAAUAAAUUCAUGAAUGUACCGUCA